AUUUUUCUUUUUUUGUUUUUAUAAUUUUCUUUAAAAAAUAUAAACAAUAUGGAGGAUUCUAAUGAUUAUAAUAAAGAUAUAUAUAAGACAAAUGCAUUUUUUUCGCCAUAUUCUGAAACUUUAGACUUUUUAUUAUUACCAUUUAAUGAUAAUUUUGCUAUAAAUUUUUUACCAGUUAUUGAACCAGAUUUUAAUCAUAAUUUUACAAACAUAGAUAGUUUUUCUCUUGAAACACCUUCUAAACUAUCUAUUAACCCUUCUUUAGAGUUACUUUCUGAGCCUUCUUUAGAGUUAUCUCCUGAACCUUCUUUUGAACCUUCUUCUGAACCUUCUUGUGAAACUCCUUUUAAACUACCUUUUGAAGAACAUUUUGAAUCAUUAUCUGAACAUAUUUAUCAGUAUAAUCUUACUGUAGGAGAUUAUUUUGAUGAUUGGCAAUCAGUUGAUACAUUUAUGCAUCAAUAUUGUUUAGAAAGAGGGUUUGGAUAUCAAAAAAGUAAUAGAUCAGAAAUUGCACGUUUACGUGAUACUAUAAAGACAAAUUAUGAGUGGCACUGCAACUUCUCAUUUCCAAAAAUGGAAAAUCAAGUAAAAUGUACAUCAUUAAAAGAUAUACAUAAUCAUGAAGUAAACCCUACCCAAUUACCUCAUAUCAUUGCUAGAUAUAGACGGAUCAAAGAACUGCUCCUUCGAGAUGCAAUAAAUGUUCUUAAUACAAGAUUAGCACGUGAAACUGAUAGCAAUUCAAAGAAAGAUUCUAUAUGGUUAAAGGAAAUUAUGAUUACUGCUCAUGAAUGGGAUUUAAUACAAAAUUUAACUAAACCAUCAUCGGCCACAGAAAUAGAUGAAGACGUUUUUGAUUAUGAUGAUAUAGAAGAUGAAUCUGAUCAACAACAUGUAAGCACACCUGUAAAUACAUCUGGAUUGUUGAAAGACUUUAUGAAUGCUUAUAUUAAUAUUGGAAUUUUCAAGAUUCUUAUUAACAGAUCACAGAUUCAUUCAGAUCUUAACACCACACAGGAUGAAGAUGAUGAGAUAAAGGAAUUUGAACCUUCAUCUCAAGAUAAAAACUUAGUAAAUAUUGCAGAUGAGUUACGUCAGAAAAAGAGGGUAGAAGCAAAUUUUGAAGAAUCAGAAGCAGAAUCAGAAUUAGUAAACUUUGAAGAUACUGAAUUCAUUGAUCCUGAAGACCUUCAGGGUGUAUCAUUAGAUGAUACCAUAGAUGUAGUCGAUGGAAAAACCAUACCAGAGCGUAUAGUAAAAUGGCCAAAUGAUGCAUAUUACGACUUUUUAGAGUUGAUAGUAGAGGGCAUUGCAAAAUGGAUUGUGAAGCGAAUUUGGGUCGAUCAGGGAAUCUUAACUUCAAGUAUGCUCAAUGAAGUUCAAAAACAAAUGAAUCGAUUUCAAGUUCCGGUCGAUUUGGGUCAAAUUCCUGGCAAAAUCGACUGCGGGAAAGGAUUUUCUAACUUCACUGCUGACCAGUGGCGAAAUUUUUUCACAAUUUAUGCCACAGUAUCGCUUUGGGACCAUCUCUCAGCUGAAGAUAGAAAAAUUCUGACUCAUUUUGUCAGAAUUUGUUCGAUAUUGCUCAUUGAGGUACAAUAUGGCAGGAAUAAAAUUACACCGAAUCUACAUCUCUCGCUUCAUUUGUCCGAAUGUUGUCAUGAUUUCAGCCCAUUAUAUGCAUUCUGGUGUUUUUCAUUCGAACGCAUGAAUGGAAUACUCGGAUCAUUACCGAACAGUAACAGAAAAAUUGAACCAGAACUAAUGCAUCGAUUAAUGAAUGAUAACCAAAUCAGAGAUAUCAUUACUUCUAGCGCUCAGAUGAAAGGUCUUGAAUUACUCGAAAAUCAUCCUACCGUUGGAUCACUAUCAGAAAAUGACCAAUUCGCUUCAGAUGAAAUGGAAAGGUUUUGGCUAAAUUCAAAAAAUAUCCAGGAAUCUACUGUUACUGGAUGCGAAGCGUUUCCUGGUGAAAUGUUAAGACCUACUUCUGAAAAUGUAGUAUUAUCACAAUCGAUGCUCGAUUUAAUGAUCGAUUAUUAUAUUGCUACAUAUGAAAU